GCUCAUUGCUUCAUUUAAGUCAUUCAGGAUGCAUUUGGAUAAGUAUCUCCUGGUUUUGUCCGCUGUCAUUAUUUGUGCGUCUUGUUCACACUCGCUUGACCAAGAAUGGGAAGCCUGGAAAACCAAACACGGAAAGCACUAUGUUACUUCACAUGAUGAAUCAUUUCGGAGAAUGGCCUGGGAAGCAACGUGGCAUAAAGUACAGGAGCACAAUCAAAAGUUUGAACAGCGUCUCACCAAGUACAGAAUGGGAAUGAACAAGUUUGCAGAUAUGACAUCACGGGAACGUAGAUCCAGGAGCUGCCUUUCUCCGAAAGGGAAAAGAGGCAUCAUGCCGACAAACUUUCCUGUGCGGGCUUAUUCUAAAAGCGUAGAUACACCAGAAUCAGUUGACUGGAGAGACUCAAAGUGUGUUACCCAUGUUAAAAAUCAAGGCUUGUGUGGAUCCUGCUGGGCAUUUGCAACGGUGGGUGUGGUUGAGGCUCGAAACUGCAUUAAGACCAGUGAGCUUGUUGAACUAAGUGAGCAGCAGCUUGUGGACUGUGAUAACACAAAUGAUGGUUGCUGUGGAGGAGAUCCGGCACAUGCCAUGGACUAUGUUACACGCAAUGGUAUGAUGAAGGCUACAGACUAUGAGUACGCAGAUAAGCAAGCAGCAUGCUUCUACAAACCGGCAAAUUCGUUAACAUUUAACGUGAGCAAGUACUACAACAUGUUUGGAGAAGACAACAUGGCAACAUCUGUGGCACUAGAUGGACCUAUAGCAGUUUCACUUGAUGCAAGUGAGGAUUUUCAGCUGUACGAACAUGGUGUUUUCUUAGGAGAAUGUAGUGAAGAGCUCAAUCAUGCAGUGAUUAUAGUAGGAUAUGGCACAGAAUAUGUUGAAGAGGAGGAAGAGAAUGUAGAUUACUGGAUAGUAAAGAACAGCUGGGGAGAUGAUUGGGGAGACAAUGGUUAUAUCAAGAUGAAGCGUAAUGUUAACCUGUGUGGUAUUGGUUCAGAGGCAGCCGCUGUGGACUUGGUCUAGUAGUUGCUCAGGCCCAUCUACUGAAGAUUUGACAGAAGUCUGUGUUACAGAGUCUCUGUAUAAGUGAUAUAUUUUCAGCAAUGGUUACAGACCACAUUGUUUUUUAUUCUG